AUGGGCAAGCUGCGCAUGACCGGAAACGUGGCUCAGGCGAAGUUGGAGAAGGAGCGCGACAAGUUGAAGCAAUGCAUUUGUUUCUUCAAUGCUGGAGGUGAUUAUGAGAAAUUGAAGCACUUGCUUCAAAGCUGGAGGGGAAGCAAUGCAUACGUCCACAACUUGAACCAGACCAAUGACAACUACUCUCAGAUUCGUUGCAGUGAUUUGGAAUACUUGGCCAAAAGUCACGUGCAAUACCAAGAACCCAAGUACGAGAGCCUCACUGACACUGAAACCAUGAAAACGAUGCACAACACAGUGCUGGGGCUGGCUUUACGCAUGACACGAAAAAACAAUGAGCGGGUGCUCAUGGGCUUUCUGUACGAGAAGUGGGAUGUGGGAGACCAAGAUUCGAUGAUACAAAGACGCGUGGACAUCGUUCGGAUCCUAUUGGAGAGUGGAUUCCUUUGGGGCAGUGGAGAUUUAGUUUGCGAGGUGGUACCAGAGAAGGAAGGCUAUCACAAGGAAGUGCGAGAGGCCUUUGCGCGGACAGUCCUGCAUGACUUGGUCCGUAACGAUAUUCACUUGGACAAAGAUCAGUUGAUGUUGAUGAAGAAGAGUGAGAAAUGCGGCGGCAACGAGAUGGAUGGUGUCGUUUGGGUCUUGGCGCAAGCCCCCGGCGCCUUUACGAUGCUGGGCCUGUUGGAGCCACAGACCGUCCUGAUGUGUGACGCACAGGAUAGGGAUGCACACGACCACGCCUCCAUCGACUUCAAAGAGCUUGUGCAACUCUAUAUGGUCAUGCAAAAGCCUUUGACAACUGUGGACCCCUAUGGCUGGAAUGCCGAGAUGCUUGCAGCAAGGCUGCUGAGAAGGCAUCACGUCGCCAUCUUGUGGCAAGAAGUCCAGGAUACGUGGCGCCUUGAUUACAAGGAGGCUUUCAAGAAAUGGUCUGGCCUCCCGGAGUGGCUCACCAAUGCCAUGGCAACUUCAUACGUCAAUGCUUCCUUGAGACUCCAUGUUUUUGGUUGGCUUUGCUUCAUUAUUUUUCUGCUGGUCUUCCUGAUCCUCCUCAUGGUCUUUGUGCCUUAUGCAUUUCACCGCAUGUGUGGCCUUGUAGCGCUGAGAGGCAUCCUCAGGUGGGCCUCUGAGCACGGUGGCUCCUUCCUUUUUGUUGACAUGUCCUUCAGGGUCUUGUGGCUCAUGAUGAUAAACACGGCAUUUCUACAGGUGCCUCCUUUGCUCAUCACGUGCUUCGAGAACCAAGUUCUUCCGGGUUUGGGCAUCAUUCCAUCGGUGACCUUCUGGAAUCCUCUUCCCAUUACGGCCGUUGUGAUCAGCGUUCUUUGCUUGGUUUCGGCAUCGAAGUGGGCCUACGACGACUACCAGGAACCGGAAACCAAACAAAAUGAGCAGAAAGCAGAGGACAAAAGCAUCCCAGAAGACCGGUUCCAAGAUCCCACUUGCCACUUGAUUGGUUGCAUUUGCAUUUUCUUCCUGGUGACGAUUCUCAUGAUCAUUUACAUCCGGACGAUUCUGCAACCAUUGGAGAUGAAUCCCAAAAGGAUGUUCCUCUGGUGGUGCGCUCAACUUGUGCAAGUGAAGAUCACCUUGGAUGACAAGACCUUAAAGCAAGAAGUUCAAGACCUCAAACGACUGCGUGACGCGAUUCAGAAGACGGAACAUCAUGAGGACCAUGAGUUCUGUCAUUAUAGCCAGCUCCGACUUUGUGAGAACUUGGCGUCCGAUUUCGAGAACCCAGGCCCUGGCUUGGAGAAGGACGAGGUCACCAAGCCGACGCCACAUCCAGCGCCAGAACAACAUUUUGCUGACGUCGUGAGAGAGCUCUCAGGGCAUUGGCUGCGAUGGGCCUGUUGCAUGGUGACCCCGGAGAACAAAACGAUGUGGGGUUUGCACCUGUUGGCGAACAGGUGGACCAGCCACAUGGAGCGCGAGUCCAAGGAGACUCUGGAGGUCCCUUAUUCCGACGAUUGGGCAGAGGUUGUGAAGAAGGAGAUGGAGGGCAAGGACCUAAUGUCAUACGUCGUCCGCCAGACCAACGACGAAAAGUCCAUUGAAUUUAAGGCCAACGAGCCCGCGCUGUCGAGCAUCCCAACGCGCGACAAGUUCCCCCCUCUUCAUCAAGCGAGCUGA